AUGUCCUCCAGCCAUUUUACCAUAGAAGACUGCAGAAAUAAGAUUAAAUAUACUGGCUUCAGGGACAGACCACAUGAAGAAAGACAGGCCAGGUUUCAGAAUGCCUGCCGGGAUGGACGGUCUGAGAUAGCUUUUGUGGCCACAGGAACCAAUCUGUCUCUCCAGUUUUUUCCGGCCAGCUGGCAGGGGGAGCAGCGGCAGACACCAACCCGAGAGUAUGUUGACUUUGAAAGAGAGGGAGGCAAGGUCUACUUAAAAGCACCUAUGAUUCUUAAUGGUGUUUGUGUUAUUUGGAAAGGCUGGAUAGAUCUCCAAAGACUGGAUGGCAUGGGCUGCCUAGAGUUUGACGAAGAGCGGGCACAGCAGGAGGAUGCACUGGCACAGCAGGCGUUUGAAGAAGCUCGGCGAAGAACUCGUGAGUUUGAGGACAGAGAUCGGUCUCAUCGGGAAGAAAUGGAGGCAAGAAGACAACAAGACCCUAGUCCCGGAUCAAACCUAGGAAGUGGUGAUGAUCUGAAACUACGUUAAAAGAAGUGACCAAUGAGCAACACAUGCUUUUUAAUCUGGGCAAAUGAUCAAAUUAAAUGACCAGAAACUGUGAUAACUGGGUAUAUACGAUAGUCUAUUCCCUGACCUGCGGCAGCCAAACUAUCAUGUACUGCCAUGGUUUGCACUAUGUUUGUGUUACAAUACCUGCAUUUCUGUUCUUUAAGCCUGUCGCCAGUGCAAAUUUGAGAUUCUUGUUUUUCUAUGCAAGCUUAUAAUUUUGUUGGCACUAUUUUAGUGAAGUCAGAACUUUA